GACCAUUUAGUAGUCAAGAAAUGAAUGAAUGGUAUAAAGGAGGAUUUUUUGUACUUAGUCUCUUAGUUAAAAGGGUGGAAGAUGCUGCAUUCGAACCAUUAGGUGCUUUAAUUCGAAAAACUGGUGAUGAUGAUAGACCUUUUUCCGCACCAAUUAUGGGCAAUAGGCCAUCUUUAACGAUUGCAAUGCCAAAUAAUAAUAAUUCUUCGCGGUUGGUAAAUGACCCAUUUCAACGAACUUGGGGUGCACCUAAUUCUCCUAGUACUGCACAAUUGUUUUUAGAGCAUCAACAAAGAUUUAAUCCGUUUGGUGGAACAACAUCUGUACCAACAACACCGUUUGACAGAUAUCAAUUUGGUGGGGUGUUUGGGCGUAACGAAGUUUCAAAUGGAUGGAAUGAUUUGGGAACAACGAACACUACAUGGGGGCCAUCCGAUAAUUACACAUCUAAUGGUGGUAAUCUUUCACCUCGUUUGCAAGCUCCAAAUUCUCCUCCAUUAUUCAACAAUAAUACGACGUUCAAUGUGUCACCACCACAGACUUAUUUGGAACAUCAACGACAAAUCGAGAGACAACAGUACCUAAUGCUACAACAAAGGCAAUUACAGCAACAAAAUCAACAUGCCUAUCCGGACACGUUUAUUCGUCAACAACAUCAAAAUUAUGUUGGUUUAUCUGGACCAGUCUCAGCGCCAAUUACAAAUACGCCAAAUUCUCCAUUCAUUGAUGUUAUAACUCGAAAUUCAGGUUGGUCAACAACGGCAGAACAACAGCCACCCCCAACUUCACCGUGGGGAAUAAUAGCACCUGGUGUCGGUGCAACACCUUCUAGAGCUCAACAGUCGGAAGAUUCGGGAUAUUUUAAUAUUAGAAAAGAAUCUAAUUUUGGUUUACAACAAUCGACACAUCAUGAACGAUUACAACCCCGUAAUAACGAACGAUCGUAUGAAGUUGUUGGUGGACAAACUCAAGAACCUAUUUAUGAGAAUAAAGCAAUUAACGAAGUUUUUAAUGAGGUUAUUGAGUCAAUGUCAAAAUUAACUCCGACAGAUGAACAAACCAACUCAAAUAAAGCCGAUGUAAAAUUUAAUAAUGUGGAUAAAAUAGAAUUAUCACCAAAAUCUAAAUUAGAAGAAUCUUUACCUCAGUCAACACAAAAGGAAGAAUCGUUACGUCCAAAACCUUCUUUUCGUGAAAUUCAGGCAGAAGAAGAACGUAAAAAACUGCACGAGGAAAAAGAAAAGGCAACUGUGAUCCCUGUAGUUUCCACAAACAACGUCGCUGGUAAAUUACCACAACCAUUAAAACCAUCAAAUUCAGCAUGGAUGAAUAAUAGUCCUGUAACCCCAUCUUCACCUGCACCAUGGGCCAAAGAUGAUGAUCAUCCAACUCACAAAACGCCAUCCUUACGCGAAAUUCAAGAAAUGGAAACUAGAAAAGCAGUUGAAAGAAAGGCUUCUGUUGUAACUGCAAAUUCAUAUGCGUCUGCUCCUUUUAAGGAUGAUACGACAACCUCAUCCACUACUUCCUGGGGUAUAAUUGUUCCACCAUCAUCUAACGAAUCUGACUCGUCUUCACUUUCUACUUCACCUGUUGUGACCACUCCAGCUUGGCAAUCAAACAAUACUGCUCCAAAAAAGACUUUUAGAGAAAUUCAAAAAGAGGAGGAGGAAGCGAUGAAAAAACGCAACAAGAUUCGUGAAAUGCAACAACAGGCAUUAAUUAGCUCUACCACAACGGGUGGAACGACUGCCCAAAAUAACAUGGGAAAGCGAUAUGCUGAUACAGUUUCCGUUGGAAAUUCAAAUAAGUCAUCAACAAACUCGGUGAAUGCCUGGACAACUGUCGCAAAUAAAACGUCUGCUCGUGUCACUACUACUCCAACGAAUCUUGGUUUAAACUCAAGUAGCGUAUUACCCGGUGCAACAAAAACCAACAUAGCUUCUAAAGAAACUUCUAUCUUAGAUUCAGAACACAAAGCGAUUAAUGGAUUAAGAUCUGUAAACCAAUCUGCAAGGCCCGUCGAGACUUUAAAAAGCAAUAACAAGACAUCUGUUAAUAUGGGUAUAUCCAAACCUAUAACAACUAACAGUACCAAUAAUAACAGUAGUGGUAAUGUCUCCGAAUACUCUACACCACGGCCACCUUCCGAAGAAUUUUUAAAAUGGUGCAGAAAUGCCUUACGUGGAUUGAAUAACGUAAAUGUUGAUGAGUUCAUUCAGAUGCUAUUAACUUUUCCACUUGACCCACCCCCAGCAACUAUCGAAAUUAUUCAAGAUUCUAUAUAUGCUAAUUCACCAACUUUAGAUGGUCGUCGAUUCGCUGAUGAAUUUAUUAAGAGAAGGAAAGCUGAUGCAAAUGGAUUACCUAUAAGCAGUUUAUUAAGCCAUCAUAUAGAUAGUAAACUAAACAAAGAUCUUAUAAAUGGAAAUGGUACAAAGGAUGAUUAUACAGGGAAUGGUGCAGGUGCUUUUAAAGUUGUAACAACUAAAAAGGGUAAAAAAAAUAAGCAUUAA